UUUCGGUCGUUCUUUGAUUUUGGGAUUUUAUUCGAAACGGUGUUUUCCUAAAACAAAUCCUUCGAAAUGAAUUGUCGAAUCAACUUACUACUUGCAUUAAGUGGGCAAUUAUUGUGUUUCGUUUCUGUUAUGGAAGCCUAUUCAAAUGGAAGUCUGACAGAUGCCUGCUACACCAUGGCUCCUGUACAUGGAGAUUAUCAACCAAAUACAGAUCCCUGCCUUUAUGAAACGGCCCUAUCUGAGACGACGAUCAUUCAAGGAGAAAGUCUCACCAUCACACUACGAAAUAUUACAGCUAAUUCUUUCAGAGGUUACAUGACAAUGGCCUUCGAUGCCUCCAAACCGGACGAAGCUGGACCAGUCGGUACGUUUGAUAUGCCGACUGACGGCCAGAUAUUGAGCUGCCCCGAUGGUGUAAAUAAUACCAUUUCUCACCAAGACAACAAUUCUCUCAAGAGGAAUGUGCAGGCUAACUGGACGGCGCCGGUUGAUUUCGUUGGCACUGUCGUCUUCAAGACGACAUUUGUACGAGGAGAAUCCACAUUCUGGGUAAAGGAACCGUCAACAGAAAAUGUUAUUAUAUUGGCCAGUACGCCCAGCAGUACAGAGACAUCUACUGCACCGACUACAUCUACUGCACCAACUACACCAUCUCCAACAACAGUUCCGCCGAGUGGUGCACCCUCGCUUAGCUACAGCUGGAUCACUGGAUUCAUUCUACUUAUGUUGGCCUUUUCUCAUUAACCAUUCAAAGCUGUUUGAAUUUGAAAGGAGCCCGCGCCAAGCCUAACCUGGUGAAACGGAUGCAAAAAUAAUGUAGUUCUUGAUAGUUUUUUUUUUUACUGUAAAAUAGUUUCCGCAUGCAAUAAAUUGUAUCAACUUGUCA